GAGCUGGAGAAGCCAGACAAGACCCGCGGGCCGCUCGAGGACAAGUGCUACACCUGCAAAGAGUUCUCGAUGGAUUGCGAGGCCGCGUUCGGCGACUGGGACGGCCUCUGCGCCGCGCACGCCGAGGGCAAGUCUGUCCAUGAUGACGUCUCGGAGGGCUUGCAGGUGAAGCGCGGCUCCGCGGCUGGGUUCGUUCCUUCCACCGAGGUUUCUACGACGAGGAUUGGUUCGAAGGUUUCCGAGACGGCGACGAGCAUGAACGCCGUCGAGUUCAGGAGCCACUUUACGAAGGAGCCGAGGGGGGAUGCCGUCAAGAAGUUGCCGUGGACGAUGGUUCGGGUCUUCGGGUCUACCGAGAAAGAUAAGGUUUUCAUUUUCGAGCAUAUGCCAGGUUCGAAGUGGUGGAGCUACGAGGUGUUCAUCGAGAAGGUCAAAACCGCGAACGCGCCGAACCUGGAGGCCCGCCAGCACUUCUUCAAGAACCAGCCCGAGCGCGUUGCCACGAGGAAGCUUCAGGCAUCGUCGGAUGUGUACGAAGCGAGCUGCCAGAUCCUCGGCACCCACGCCCUCGUGCACAUCGACGACCACCUGCUGUCCAUCGGGAGGCUUCGCCCAGGCUCCGCCCCGGCGAAGCGAGCGGCUGCGCUGCAGGCUAUUCGGCCGCGGUUGCUGGACUUGUUGGCGCAGGCCAAGAAGGACUCUUUGAAUCUGGCCAUGGCAAUGGUCAAGGGCUCCGAGGGGGUUUCUCGGCAUCACGCCGAGGUGGCUGAGACGAAGCUGCGGGUCCGCGGGUGGGAGGACCAGGCGAACGUCGUCAAGAAUCGUUUGCUAGUUUUUCGCCAAGCUGAGCUUCUGCCCACUUCGCGGAUCCACACCGUCGACCCUGCGGAUGUGCACGCCGCUGCGAAGGCAGCGCUGGCUGCGAAGGUGGAGUUGCCAGUGGCCGCAUGCAUGGGCUUGCUUCUGAUCGAGCGCAACCGCGUCGCCAAGGGAAUCUGGGGUGACAACGCCAGCUUCGAGAAGCUCUUCGGCAUUGCCUCUGCUUGGGCGCCAACUGUCGACGUCGACCCCACCCCGUUCGAUCCAGCCGCUCCGACGCUGGCGAACCUCAACCUCGACAUGGAGAAGAAGCUCGACAUCAUGCAAGUCUCCUUCAUCAACGCGGUGGUGCCCUCUGCGAUCGCCAGGGGCCAGUCGCAGCGCGGCGCGCUGAAGCGCCUCCUGGACAAGUUCGGCGGCGCCAUCGAGAAGAUCGCGACGACUCGCGUCGACGCCUCCGAGUGCGAGGCCGCGAAGAUGUGCGAGUUCAUGGAAGUCGUGCGCUACAUCGCGCAGCUGCUGGAUCCGAAGACGCUCGUCUCGCCCGAGGCCGACGCAGACGUCUACGGUCGCGAGUGCGUCGAAGGUUCUUUGAUCCAGGUCGUGGCUAGUGCAAUUGGGGCGUCGCCGUACUACAGCAACUUGCUCAGUGAACUCACGAACCCACAGAUGAUCGUAGCGUUGAAGGAGAUGGCCUCUCAGAUGCUGAAGCUCGAGACUGACCUCUCCGAAUCGUCGGGGGAGUUGUUCUCGCACUUGGGGUCUGCGCCCAAGCUGUUGCAUCGCCUGACUGCUCGGUUCCCCUCCAGCGUCGCCCAGAACUUCGAUGAGGUCGCCAAGUCCACGGCUUUCGAGCAGGUACAGGUUAUUCGGAGCGAGAUCUGCGCAAAUAUUGUCACACUGGAUAGAUUGCGCCGUGCCAAGGAUGCCCUGGAGGAGCUCAGCUCGGCCUUCCCAACAGACUCGACCUUGCCAGCGGCCAUCGGAGAUAUCGUCGCAGCCACGAGGAGCAUCGAGCUCGGCGCCAGUCGCCAGGACAUCCAUAAUGCCAUCAAGGACGUCUUGAUUUCGAGUACGAAGACCGACGAGUUCCAAGCUCUGGCAGACAAGUGCAACGUAUCCAUCGGCAUGCGCAUUGAUCAUGCAGAUGGUUCUUCAGACCCCGACCCGUUGUUGCAGAUGAUCGAGUGCACCGCCAAUGAGGCUUCCAUGGUCGAGGGCAAGGACAUCCCGCGCUUGCGAAAGCCCGGCAACAACUUGCAAACGCACGCGCCCUUCGUGUUCACGGGCCUCGACUGCCUCGAGGAGGGCCUGUAG